UGCCUUUGUUGAAAUAAAAUGCACACACACUCCCACCUUUGAAUAAUAAACACCAACCAGCAGACACCUUUCCAUAUUUUCUUUUCUUCGUCGCCAGGCAGCAUGCCACCACCUAUCAUCACCAUCAUCCUCUUACUCUCCGUAUCAACCACCACCCUCUCAUUAACCCAAGAAGGCCUCGAUCUCCUCCAAGCCAAAUCCACCCUCUCAGACCCCACCGGCAUCCUCUCCGACUGGAACCCCGCCCACCCCACCCCCUGCAACUGGACCGGCAUCACCUGCACCCACUCCAACUCCGUCACCGGAAUCCACCUCCCUUCCGCCUCCCUCUCCGGCCCUUUCCCCACCACCCUCUGCCGCCUCCCCUCCCUCUCCACCCUCUCCUUACACAACAACAACCUCAAUUCCAAUAUUCCACCCACCAUCUCCGCCUGCCGGAAUCUCACUCACCUCGACCUCUCUGCAAACUACUUCCACGGCCUCAUCCCCUCCACCCUCCCCGACAUCCCCAACCUCCUUUACCUCGAUUUACAGGAAAACAGCCUCUCCGGCGAAGUUCCCGCCACUUUUGGAAAUUUCCGACGACUUCAAAUUCUUAAUUUAACCAACAAUUUGCUUAACGGGUCCUUUCCGGUGGUUUUAACAAAUCUAACAACUUUAAAAGAACUUGUUCUUGCUUAUAAUAAUUUCAUUCCGGGCCCAAUUCCUCCUCAAUUGGGUAAUCUUUCCAACGUUGAAUACCUCUGGCUCAGUUCAUGCGGGUUUUCCGGUGAAAUUCCGGCGACAUUUUCCCGGUUAACGAAGCUUUCGAAUCUCGAAUUGUCGUAUAAUUCGCUCACUGGUGCGUUCCCGGAUAUUGUGUUUGAGCUCAGAAACUUGUACCAGCUUGAGCUUUUUAAUAAUUCGUUUUCCGGUGAGUUGCCCAAGAAGGGGUGGUCGAAUUUGACCGCAUUGAGACGAAUAGAUUUAUCGAUAAACCAUUUCACUGGAGCUAUACCGGUGGAGUUAUGCAAGUUGCCUUUGUCGUCCCUCGGGUUAUCGGAUAAUAAACUGCAGGGGUUGAUCCCUGUGAGCUUAGCAAAAUCCCCAAAUUUGUAUGAUUUGCGUUUAUUCGAUAAUUCGUUAAUCGGGCCGAUUCCGAGUGAUUUAGGGAAGUUUUCGACGUUAACCACGCUUGAUCUUUCGUAUAAUAAGCUAUUCGGGGAAAUUCCGAGUGGUUUGUGUGAAAAGGGGGAGUUGUAUGAUCUUGUUUUGAUUGGGAAUUCGCUUUCCGGUGAGAUUCCGGCGAGUUUAGGGGAAUGUAGGAGUUUAGGGAGAAUUCGGGUGAGUAAGAACAAGUUUUCCGGUGAAGUUCCGGCGGGAAUUUGGGGGUUGCCACAUGUUUAUCUUCUUGAUCUUGCUGAGAAUUCGUUUUCGGGUAAUUUGUCUUCGAUUGUAUCCGUUGGGCUCAAUCUUUCGUCGAUUAUGAUAUCCGGUAACGGGUUUUCCGGUGGCAUACCUGAGAAAAUAGGAUCUUUUAGCAACUUGGUUGAGUUCUUCGCUAGUGAUAAUAAGUUAACUGGUGAGAUUCCACAAUCAUUGUUCAAACUGAAUCAUUUGGGGAUACUUGAUCUUAGUAAAAAUGAUCUUUCGGGUCGAAUUCCGGCAGAAAUCGAGUCCCUUAAACAGCUAAAUGAGCUUAAUUUAGCUAACAAUAAGUUCACAGGCGAGAUCCCGAACGAAAUCGGUAGUCUCCCGGUGCUUAAUUAUCUUGAUCUUUCGGGUAAUUCGUUUUCCGGAAAGAUCCCAUCCGGGUUAGCGAAUUUGAUGCUAAACACGCUGAAUUUGUCGAACAAUCAGCUUUCGGGAGAGAUCCCUUCGGUGUUUCAUAAAGACGUUUAUCGCGAUAGCUUCUUGGGUAAUCCCGAGUUAUGUGGCGGGUUUAGUCCUCGUUGUGUUGAAAACUAUCAAUCAAAGAGUAAUCAUAAUCUAUGGCUGCUUAGGUUCAUAUUCGUGUUUUCUGGAGUGGUUCUCGCUAUCGGUGUGAUUUGGUUCGUUUUCAAGUAUCGUAGCAUCAAGAAAACGAACCAAGGAGUGUCGAUAUCGAAGUGGAGAUCGUUUCACAAGCUGGGUUUUAGUGAAAUCGAAAUCAUUCAUCUUUUGAAUGAAAACAAUGUGAUAGGAAGUGGCGCGUCGGGGAAAGUGUAUAAGGCUGUUCUUAGCAACGGUGAAUCCGUGGCGGUUAAGAAGUUAUGGGAAGGGUCAGUAAAGAAUGACGAAGACGCCAAAAUGACUUCACAGAAAGAGUUCGAGAGUGAAGUCGAGACUUUAGGAAAGAUUAGGCAUAAAAACAUAGUUAGAUUAUGGUGUUGUUUCAAGAGUGGGAACUCUAGGCUUUUGGUUUAUGAAUAUAUGCGAAACGGAAGUUUAGGGGAUGUGUUGCAUAGCACCAAAGGUCGAUUAUUGGAAUGGUCUAUGCGAUUCAAGAUUGUUCUUGAUGCGGCUGAGGGGUUGUCGUAUUUGCAUCAUGAUUGCGUUCCUCCGAUUGUUCAUAGGGACGUCAAGUCAAAUAACAUAUUGCUAGACGAGGAUUACGGGGCUAGAAUAGCUGAUUUUGGUGUCGCCAAAUUCAUCAACUUAACUAAUAAAGGGUCGGAAUCGAUGUCGGUUAUUGCGGGUUCUCGUGGUUAUAUUGCUCCUGAAUAUGCAUACACACUUCGUGUAAAUGAGAAGAGUGACAUAUACAGCUUUGGAGUGGUGAUAUUGGAGCUAGUGACCGGAAGGAAACCAAUAGACCCAGAAUUUCUCGAAAGCGACUUAGCCACAUGGGUCCAAACCACAGUUAACGAAAAGGGUCAUGACCAUGUGGUAGAUCCUGAACUUGAAUAUGGUCCCAAAGAGCAAAUCUAUAGGGUUCUUGAUAUCGGUUUGCUAUGCAUUAACCCCCUUCCAAUGAGCCGGCCUUCGAUGCGAACCGUAGUGAACUUACUUCAAGAAUCUGCGGUUGAUGGUAAACCAAAGCCUAUCACAAACAAAGAAGGGAAAGUGUCUCCUUGUUUUGAAGAAGAAGAUUGUUCUGAUGAAGCAAGUUUGGUUUGAUUAAAGACACCUCAUAUUGGUAUAGAGAAAAAUUUCUACAGGAAGGGUAGAAAUUUGUACAUCAUGCUUUGAAAUGAUGUACAUUGUGCAUCAAAUGUUGUACAUUGUCACUUAAAAAUACAAGUGAGGUCUUUAGGACUAGCAACAAUUAAAGUCUAAAUUUUCAGCAAGUAGUAAUCAUAUAGUUUGAAAAAGGUAAUCUUGUAAAAAAUUGACUGUGUUAGUCGUUUUCUUCUAUAAAUAGUCAAUGUGAUGUGUUUUGUAAUA